AUGAAUGAGAUGGAGAGCCAGGAUUCGGGGAUAUUGGUAAGGAUGAAGUCGAAGAGUUGGAAGGACAGGCUGGAUGUGUAUGAGGAGCUUCGUGGGAUGUGGAGAGACGGAGUAGCAGUUGACAGGGAGGUUAUUAGGAUGAUGCAGAGUGAAAGCAACAUUCCUGCGCUUGAGAUGGUGAUAGACGCACUCCUGAAUGUGCGAGACCUGUGUGUUGAUGAUAUCAAGAAGAUAUUUGUGAACAUUGGGAAUGCCAAGACGAGUGUCAAGACACGAAUAGAUGCGCUUAUUGAUAACAUUGAGGAUACAGAAGGUCUGGUAGAGGUUUUUUGUGAGUUAAUGAGUGGAAAGUCACCGAAGAGUAUAGCAGCAGCUGUGCAGGCUACUGGGGAGCUUGUAAGGAAGAGGGGAUGCGAUCUUGGGAGAAUUGGUAAGAGAUUGGCAGAAGUGAUGGGUAAUACAGACAAAGUAGUACGAAGUGAAGGAGCCAAGCUUUGUGUGGAGCUAUACAAGAGAAACGGAGAAUCUGUUCUGCCGUAUUUAGAUGGACUAAAACCUAUUCAAAAGAAGGAAUUAAUGGAAGAAUUUGCAAAAUGUGAAGUUUUAUGCACUGAGGAAGCAUGCAGUGAGCCUGAGAAUGCACCUUUAGAAGUGUUGAGAGAUUGUGAGGAUGAGAAUUGGAAAGUCAGACUGGAAGCAAUGAGGAGUCUAAAGAAGAUAUCGAAGAAUAUGGAAUGCACUGGUGAGAUUAGCAGGCUUUUGAGCAGAAGACUUGGAGAUGUGAACAAUCAAGUGUUUUUGAUGGCUCUUGAUGUGAUCAAAGAUGUUAAGCCAAGGAGUACAGAUAUUAUCCGGGGACUUGUUGAAAGGCUCAAGGAGAAGAAGGGAAGUGGAUCAGAGAAGAUUAAGGAAGUUCUUGAGUGCCUUGGAUUUAGACUUGAUGCUGGGAAUGCCGAAUAUCUUAGUCAUAAGAACCCUUGUGUUAGAUAUAACCUGCUAGAUUAUUCUUUAAAGAAUGAAUGCAAGGACAAAGUAUUUCUGAAGAAAGUUGGAGAUUGCAUGAUGGAUCCUGUUGGAGAUGUUCGCGGAAAGGCUAUUGAGGUUGUAAGUAGUGUUUAUGAAAAAUAUGGAGAUAUUUUUGAUUUGAUAAGCGAUCAGGGAGUAUUGCAGAAGAUAAGAAAGGUAAUAAGCGAUGUAAAUAAGUUGCAGAGGAAUACAAAAGAAGUAUCUGCUGAUUAUAAGAAUGAGAAGCAAACGAUUGUAGAGAGAUCUGGAGCAAUAGAAGCAAUUAGUAUGAAUGAGAAGAUAAAGAAGGAGUCGAGUGAUAUCAAGAUACAGACAAUACAAGAAAAACCUAAGGAAAAUGCAGUUCAAGAUGACCUCAAAGAAAUGAAAGAAAUGAAAGUUAUAGACAAGGGUAAGGAAAAGACAGUUGGUGAUAUCUUGAGUAAUGGUAAGAGAAAGCAUACACAAGGAAAUUCUGAAUUUUUUGCAAAGAAUUUCAAUAAGCAAAGAGUCAAAGGUAGUGGAACCAGAGAGGAUGUAUUUACACAGCAAUUUAUUGAAAAGAUGGACAAUGAUUCAUUUCACAAGGUAGUUGAGAUGUUUGAUGUGAUUGAUAAGGUUGCAGUGAGUGAUUUUUUUAUAGACUACAUGGUGAGAUCGAAAGCACCUGAAGCACCGAUUAAUUCGAUGCUUCUUUCAUUUAUUUCAAGCAAGUACAUUUUGAAGGAGUGUGAAUGCAAACAGCUUGUGGAGUAUCUACUUGCAGAAGGGAUGUUUGAGGAGCUGAAGAUGAUGGACAGAGUUUAUCCUGUGACCAAACUAUUUCUUGUAUAUCAGAAGAUAGGAAGCAAGCAAUCGAAUGAUGAAAUACUGAAAUUAGUCAAGAAGUACAAAAUGUUCAGAGGAAACAAGAAGAUGUUUAUUGAUGGAGUCAGAAGGGAUGGGGGAGUAAGUAUUGAUGAGGUAAUAAAGGGAUGCCCAGAUUUCUUGAGUUUUGUAGAUGAACUUGAAGGCAGCUUUAUGUCUACGAAGGAUACUGCUGUUGAUGCAGAUGUAAAUAUGCAUGCUAUAAGUGAAGGAGAAGAGGAGAUAGUUGGACAGCCUGAGUAUAGAGACAGAGAAUGUAAUGAUGAUGUUGAUGAGGAAAUGAAUGCACCUUUUGUUCAGAAUGAAUCUUUUGUGAUUGAUGAGGCUGACAUUGAAGCGUCUUUUGAUGCAUUGAGCAUCCACUCUACAUCAGUGAUUGGGACUCCGAAUAGCAAGAAGAUUAGGAGGAGCAUUGAGUUUGUGAAUGAGCCCAGGAAGGAGGAUGAAGGAGGAUUAGGUGUUGUACUAGAUUAUCUUAUUGAUUCGAACCCAGAUGUAAGCAAGGUUGCAUUCAAAAGGCUGAUAAAUAUCAUUGAUAUUGAUUUGGAGCAGUUGUUAGCAUUUUCGAAUUCGAUAGUAAGUUCGAUUUCGAUCCAGCUGUUUGAUGUUCUGCAUGAUAGCUUGUUUUGUUCAUUGAUUCUGCAGGUUUUUUUCAAGCUUAGCCAAAGCCAAGUUUUUUGCAGGCAUUUGAGAAAAGAGACACUUUUGGGAGCGAAUUCUGAUCUUAUUAAGAUAAUGAAGAAGUAUGGAGGAGAAGAGAGGAAUGAAGGAACACGAAUGCGCCUUCCGAGCAUUUCUUCACAGGACAGCUCGCUUGUUGGGGAGAUACUGAUUAAUCUGUGCCUGAAUUCGAAGCCAAGCCAAAUCCUUGAGGUAUAUCUAGACAUGCUGGAGUGUUCGAAGGAGGAGAUUUUGCUGAAGCUUAUCUGGAGACAUUCUAAAACACUGAAUAUGGAUGAUAGAGACGAGAUUCGCAGGAUAUUGUGUGUGCUGAUGAAGUUUUAUGAUAGUAAUUACGGCAGUGCUGUUUCUGAGGAUGGCGUAGCAUUGAAGAUUUUGCAGCUGCAUCUGAAGGAGAUUGUGAAAUUUUACAAAGAGGGUGUUCAUGAAUUUGGACUUAGGGGAUUGGCAAAAGUGUUUGCUGAUAGAUUAUUACGUAAUAAUGAUAUUGUGCGUCGUAGUGAAAUAGAAUAA